AUGGGGCAACAGGUUAAGUGGCCUCCAAAGAUGAAAGCACCUGACUCGUUCCGGAACCCGGAACUUUGGUGUGACUUCCAUCGCGAUCAUGGCCACAAAACCGAAGACUGCAUUGCCCUGAGGAUCGAGAGAAAGCCAAGGCCCACCUCAGCAACAGCAGGGAAAUCCAAAGGAGCUGCACCAGCCUCACCACCUCGCCAAGAUCGGGUGAUCCAUGUCAUAUCCGGAGGCUCAGAAGUAAGCGGAGUUAGCCACACAGCCGCAAAGAAAAACACCCGUAGCGCUAAGCAUGGUCUGGGAACGUCCCAACCGAAGCGUCUACUUCUAGGCACCGACGAGAUAAGCUUCACAGCUAAGGAGCAAGAGAAGAUCCUGGCUCCCCACUAUGAUGCUCUAGUUAUCUCUCUCACCGAAGCAAACUGCUUGGUGAAAAGAAUACUAGUAGACAACGGCAGCUCCAGCAACAUCAUCUUCCAGACGGCUUAA